CUGUUUUUUUUUUUUUUUCGUUUUUAAUAACGAUGGCCAACGAAAUUCGCUAUGACAAUCGGAAUAUUGUGGAGAAAUACCUCAAUCACAAACUUUUAAAGAAAGGAUAUGAGUGGAAAUUUCAAUCUUCCGGGGAGGACACCAUCAAUACGGGAGUGGAGGACUCCUCUCCAAACUCUGACCGGAGGCUCCAAGCUCCCUCAGCCGGAGGGGGGAACAACUCUGAAUGCCUGAUGGCAAACCGGGUCACACGUUCAGACCCUUAUUCGAGGAUCUACCGGGCGAUACGCGAGGCUGGUGACCAGAUAGAAAGGAUGUACCAGCGUGAAUUUGAGGAGAUGUCCCACCAGAUGACAUUCAGUGCCAAUGCAGCACAACGUAGCUUCUUAGCUGUGGCUGAAGAACUCUUCAGAGACGGAGUGAAUUGGGGGCGGAUCGUCGCUUUCUUUGAGUUUGGUGGGACCAUGUGUGUGGAGAGCUUGAACCGGGAGAUGGCGUCCCAGGUAGAUAAUAUUGCACACUGGAUGACAGACUACCUGAACGGGCCACUGGAAAACUGGAUCGAGGAAAAUGGAGGCUGGGAUGCCUUUGUGGAGUUGUACGGUCAGCAGAGAGACUCUAUGUUCCACCCAUUGUCGUACCUAACAAAAGUGCUGGGAUUGGCAGCACUAGGCUUGGCAGGAGUGACCAUCGGAGCCUUUUUCGCUCAGAAGUGACGGCUCUGCGGGUUUCUUCACCAAACUAUCUCACUUUCUCUGCCUGUCUCUCCUCUUCAGCUUAUCAAAGCAUCUUUCAGCGCGCACUGCCCCGCUAAGCCCAGCACCAGUGCCCUUCAAAGGCCACCGCUGAUCCGACGCCCCUCCAGCCACGGGAGCUGUGGCACUCACGCUCUUUCACCCUCUCUGGAGUGAAGAAAUCGCAAAGAAAAAGAAUACAGAAUGAGGACUCACAGGAACGCUCUCACACUUUGACUAUGAUGCUCGUCAUGCCAUGUACAGUUGCACUCGCACGGAGAUUGACACACAAAACACGUGCACACACGAACACUUGCUCACAUACUUCAUACGUAUGCAAAAAUACAACAAAAAAAAGAACGUUUUAUCUUUGAAGUUUGUUUCUUUUGUACGAAACUAGUACAAAGAUAUUUUUAAACUUAAGAUUGUGCUUUUUGACAUUUUGAUAUCAGGUUUUUUGGCAUUUUGUAGCAUGAACAAAAAAAUUAAAAAAAAAAAAAAAAAAGAGAGAGGAAGGUAAGAAAGUUUGCCGGCGUGAAUGUUAAUAACUUCUCCACUAUCUGCAUGUGUGGAGAAAGAGACUCUUUAAGCUACUUUUUUAUUGCAUGAUGGCAUUUUGAACUUGACCACCCACCCUUACUGUUUUGAUUCAGGAUGUUUUUUUGUUUUUUUUCUGUCUUUCACUCCAUUGGAUGGACCUCUUGAGAUCUCCCGUCAAACCAACAGAUGUUGAGCAUUCCACAUUAAAAAGUUCCUCUUUGAUUUGCUAUGUGUCUUGGUGAGCAACCAAACCAAAGCAGCUAUCAUGAUGUAAUCGGGUCAUGGAGUUGUUUGACCCAAAUCGCCCCUCUUGAAUGUAAAGACAUUUGGAAAUUUGGCUUCUGAAAGGUUUCCCAUUGUAUAUUGUAAUUCAUUUGCUUUUUUCUUCUUUGUAUAUAUUUUUUCUAUUAUAUGUGCAAAAUGAGUUAAAAGAGCAAUUUUGAGGGUAUUGUGUAUGUAUAAUGUCCGUGUACAUUUAAUGUGAGUUUGUGUACAUCUGUAAAUAGAUUGUGUUGAGAGAGCUGAACUUUGCUGUGUUCUGGUGGAGAACACGGGCAGCCCGCCACUUCUGUCCAGCCCAGCCAGGUGUGUGUGUGUGCGUCUUCAGAUGAAACAGGCAGGUGGCAGCUGGGAACAGAAGUGUAUUCUGGCUGGUAUGAUAGGCAUGCAGGCCAGCAGGGCUUUGAAAAGACUUUGUACACAACGGACUAUGUAAUACACGGCCCAUGUGUAUCACUUUUCCCUCCUCGCCGCUCCCAAUGUUAUCUUUCUGGCAUGGUAAAUUACAGAUGCCUUGUGAGCUAUAGAUUUUUGGAUGCCCCCACAACCAAAGAAAUCCAAUCCGUCUGCUGUAACUUCCGCCCCAGAGAAAGUCUCAUCUAGUGCUAUCUCUCAACUUCCGUGUUAUGUUCCUCUGGGAGAGUAGAUUUCUCAUUCACAGGAAGAUACUGAGACACCAGCUUGUCCUAAUGUCUUUUUUCCUCCCUCGGAUGUUCAUUAAAGUCGUUGAUAUAGAUUUAGCACUCUGCAUCUCCAUGUCAGGGCAAAAGCCCACUGAGACCAAACAAAGAUUAUGACCAACAAUGUUCUGCGUUUAGUAAAAUUUGUUUCAAUAGUUUGUUAAUAUAUGAGCCAUAUGCUGGAAUCUUGAUAAAAUAAGAAUAAUUUAUAGCGAGUGCAAGGUUGUGCAAAAGGUGACAUUGGAAUUAAGUUUGUGAGUGUGAAUUGGAUUUGAAUUUUCUAAAUUGUCCCAGCAAGCAUUCCUUUUUCUUAUUAAAAGAUAUACUCAUAAGAAUUUCUUUGAAUUUCUGUUUAUUUGAAUUCUACUUUGUUUCAUUUCAAAUUCCGAAAUGACAUUAAAAACAUGCUAAAUUCAAUUUUAAAUGGCGCACAACUGGUACAGUGUUUAGACUUCAGUCAAAGUGGACAGCAUAUUUAAUGUGGCAUGAAGAGUACGACAUAAACAAACUGUACUUCUUUCCAUCACAGUCUCAUUUUUAUUCAAGUCAAUACUCUUAACUAAGAAACCAUGUCAGGAUCGACUUUAUCUAGUCUAUCUCGAGUGUGUAGCGGUACAGAUUAAACAUUCACUAUCUAAUAGUGUACUAUAUUGCUGCACCCUUUAUCGGGUGGUGCAGGACUGUAUUAGAAUAUGUUAAAGGGAGUUUUUAGGACUCACACUGUAAGAUCAUUUUACGUUAGCUGCUAAAGAUCUAGCAAUUUAAGACGAUAGGGUGUGAAGUUGAGCUUCGCCCUGUUGCUGCACCAUAUGAAGCUGCUCGUGGAUGAACCAGCGUAUAACUGCCACUGCUGGAGCGGAACUAGUCCAUCCACUCCUUAGGUCUCGCUUUCCCUCUGGUUAGGAGAAGCUGAGAAGUCUAUUACAAUCAGACUCUAGAUGCACCUACUUGAGUCUAAGAGGCCUUUUGUAUUCGAUUAAAUAGCAUCAAUCGCUUGAAAAAAGCGAUUUUCAGUUUCAGUUUGCGUCAAAUUGUUCUGCACCUUUAAAAAAGCAAUGCCUCUUCAACAAGUGUAAUAGAGCAGUGAUUGUUUGUCGGGGAAAUUGUUUUAUUUGGAAAAAGAGACUAAGAAGUCGGAUGUGUGUAUGACUCACAAGUUUCUUAUGUAGCGGUGUGUGUAUACAUAAAAAUAUUUCGCAUUGUAAAGUGCCAUUCAAACAGAAUGCAUUUUUGCGUUUAAAAACACAAGACAAAGGAAAGUGGAAUGGAAAAAUCACAAUGUACAGAACUUCUUUUAGGAUGUCAUAUAAUGAACGAGACACGAACGCAACAAUCAAAUGCAUUUGUCUAGUGUUUGUCUAGGCUGCUCUAGUUUACAUAGAAGACAAUUAAAAAAAAUAAAAAUUAAUUCGUUUAUUGCAAUGCAAAGAUGUGUUCUGUGUGAAUGGCCCUUAAAACUGUGUCUUAACCAUGAUAAAGCAAAAUCCCACUCCAUAUAACUGCACAUGAAAGCUGAAGUGUGUCAUUCGCUAGACUGAGUUGACUGUUUUUAAACAGGUUUCCCAAGCACUCUGCCUGGAAACAAAUCAAUAGCCCCGCCCCCAAACACACCCAUUGGCUGAACCAGUGUUGUUGGGCAGGUCAAGAUGUUCAAACAAACAGAUCAAUAUUUUGAAAACACCACAGAGCUGCUGUGUUUCACUUUUUAGAGAACUCAAAGUAUGAUUGUCUUCCUAAUAAUUGUUUAACAUUAAAGAGUCACACAUUUCAGCUUUAAAAAUGAAAAAGGGUCUGGCCGGAUCUGGCAUUACACAGAAUUUUCCUGAAUUAAAUGAUGCUGGAAAAGUCAUGUCAGGUUAGGACACGGUGUGAGAGAAGGCAGGGAAAAACAGUAGGUGAAACUGGGUUUAACCCCAGUGUCAAUAUUAAAUUAAAUUUAAAGUAAUUAACUUUUUUUAAAUAUAAAUUAUCUUUUAUCUAUGUACAGAAAAAUGAUCAGAAUUCUGAAUGUAAAAAUAGGAUCAGCUCUGAUCAGCUAAAGCACUCACUUUCAAAGUCAAAUGCAAAAAUGGAAAAACUCCCUCUGACAGUUCAUUCAUUUUCGUCAUACAGAUGGAAAGAGGAUGGGCCUUUGUUUCAGCUCACGUUCUGUCUGAUAAAUAUGGAAGUGAUAUUUAAACUGCAACAUGAGGGGUUUUCCCUUCCUCCAUCUGGAAUAGUGGUGUUCCAGUGAUCUGUUAAAAGUUCAAUUGCAGACACUGCCUCCAUGGUUGCACUGGUUUGCUGUUUAACCAAGUUAUUUACAUUUUGCAUGAGUGCAUUCUUUCAUCUCCAGCGAUACAGCUUCAUUUUGCUCGAGUUUCUGUGCGAUUUUCAUAUUGUGUUCAAUAUAAAUGACUCAUUUUGGUGUCUAUUCUGAAAUAAACCCCCGUGCCCCAUCACUUCAAAUGGAAAAGAUUAUCAAAAUGUUUUUUUUUUCUUCUUCUUCUUUGGCAGCUACUAUACUAUAUGCAUUAUUACAAUACCACUUUCCUUUAAGAAAAAAAAAAUCGAUUUUCUGCUCCGAUUUCUUUGCUUUCUUUCAUUUUAAUGACUUUGCUGCCAUACCUUCCCUCAUAUAUCAUAUAACCAUUAAAAUGUAGCAAAAUAUCCAGAGGAUUUUAAUAUAGAGACAGGAGUUUAUAUUUGAUUUCCAAAUUCUCAUUUUUCCACCAUUAUCCUUUUUGUCUUUUUAUGUUGUACAUUCUGUCUUGUAAGCCCUCAGCAUGUAGCAUUCAGAAGCAAUUGUUCAUGAUUUUUCUUUCUCUUUUUAAUUUAUCGUCAUAGCACUUGUGUGUUUUAAAUGUGUCAAUAUAUUUUUUUUUUGUACGUAUCCAUGUCAUAAGCUAACAGUUAUGUGUCCUAAUUAAAUAAACCUUGCCUUAUCAUCUGAGAA